AUGAUGCCAGCGGAGGAGCUCAGACAUCAGAUGGCGCCCAGAGGAAGCACAGCACUUGGGCCCCGCCCACCAGAAAAGAAAGGGCGGUCCUAAAGAGAGGCGUUUUCCAGAGGUCUCAAGAAGCUCUUCAGUCGGGGGUGGAGCCAAACUCCUGUCAGUUUCGGCCAAUGACAGCACAGCUCCUAUGGACCAAUCAGAAUGAGCCACAGGAAGACAACGGGAACGAGGCGGGUCUUCUUCUGUCCAAUCAGGAGAGAGAAAUGGAAGCCAGCAGCAGCUCAGGUGUGUCACCUGACUCCCCAGGUGUGUCACAUGACUCUCCAGGUGUGUCACCUGACUCUCCAGGUGUGUCACCUGACUCCCAGAUCCAGGCUUCCAGUCCUGACUCAGUUUCUCGAUAAGCGCAAGACUUCUCUCUUGAAGCUUCUCCUCUUCACUCGACUCUUCUCUCACUGAUCCGUGAAUCAACUUGUUUGACUUGCUUCUGAAGAUUUGGACAUAAACACACCUGUCAACUUUGA